CGCCGCCGAAACCGAGUGGGAGUGAGAGCUCCCCGCUCCGCGCCGCUCUCUGCGGUGUAACCGGAUCCGUGCCGAGCGGAGGGGGCAGGUCCGCGGGGGGACGAACCGGAGGCUUGUUUCCCUCCGAACGAGCCAAUCAGCGCGGCUCCGCGCGAGACUGACAGCCGGCCGCAGCGAGCCAGGGGACCGCGUUCCUGCCCGACACCCCGCGGCCAGCCAAUGCGGAGCCACGGCGGACAGGAACGGAGGGAAACAACAAAAUACGAAUCUUCCCCGCUGCGGGUGAAAAAAAAAGACGUUACCUGGCGGUUGAGGUGAGUCGCCAUGGCGAUGUCCCAGUGUCUGGACGACUCUCCUCUCAGGCUCGCUCCGGGGCGCGCGGAGGCCGGCGAGCUGAACCCGCAGGAGGUGUACAACGAGAGGCACCGGCUGGCCCUGGAGGAGCUGCUGUCCGGGGGGGUGGACGACUUCCUGGCGUUCCUCGGGAGGGAGAGGAUCCCCAACUUUCUGUCGGACGAUGAGAUCCAGCAGCUGUGGGGGGCCGCGGUGCCGGCGCGGCGCGCGUCCCUGCACGGGGACCCGGACGCGCCGCUGGAGGCGACGCUCGGCGGCUCCGUCGACUGCUCCUCCGUCACCUACUUCCCCGAGGUGUCGGACGUGGAGCCGCCGGUGCUGGAGAUCGGGUGGCCCGCCUUCACGGCGGGCUCGUACCGGGGGGUGACCCGGGCCGUGGCGCACUUCCAGCCCAGCUACGGAGAGAGCAUCUACAGCUGCAAGGAGGCUGCGAGGCGCAUGAUCAAAAACGCCAAAGAGGUGAUUGCCAUAGUUACAGACUCCCUGACGGACCUGGAUAUCUUUAAGGAUCUUCAGGAGGCGUGCUCCCUCCGCAGAGUCCCCGUCUACAUCCUGCUUGACCAAUCCUGUGCGCCCGCCUUCCUCAAGAUGUGCAGAAAUGUCGGCGUUCGCCUGGAUGACCUGCGGCAAAUGAGAGUGCGAACCAUAACCGGUACAACUUAUUACAUGAGGUCAGGAGCCAGGAUCACCGGGAACGUCCACGAGAGAUUCAUGCUGGUGGAUGGGAACAGAGUGGCGACUGGUUCCUACAGGUUCAACUGGAGCGAUGGCAGACUGAACAGCAGCAACCUGAUUGAGCUGUCGGGUCAGAUAACCGAGAAAUUUGACGAGGAGUUCCGCAUCCUGUACGCCCAGUCUCUACCCAUAAACACCCGGGGACCUCCGAGCGUCCGCAACAGCGGCGUCUACGAUCACCUCCUCCUCAAACACUCGGCCACCUUCUCCCCUCAGGUGACCAGAGAGCGGCCUUUAGAUCAGGCCUGCCUCACGAGCACUCCCAGCCGCAAGCCCCAGACGCUGGAGGUGCAGCCUCCCGGGGAGCCGUCGUCUCCUGCUCCUCAGAAAUCCCACCCGGCGCCGGAGGCGUCCGCUGCGAGCCAGGACUGGACGGAGCAGGAGCCCGAGCAGGUGGAGAUCCUGGCAGGGAGUGCGACUCGGCCCUUCCCGGCGGAGAAGAAGCCAGAGGGCCCCGGCGUGACCCGCUGCCACGCCUCCACCCAGACCGGCCUGUCUGUGACGGACUGCAACACCCAGACUGACCCGCAGCUCCCCCGGCAGCCCGGCGGCGCCGCGCCGGCGGACCCUCCGUCCCCGCUGUCCCCCGCCCAGGCGGCUCCGGACACGGCCCUGAAAGACUGCUUCCACAAGCUGACCAAAGAGCGCCGGCACCACUACCAGACCAUCCGCUCCAAGCUGGAGCACGUGAUGACGGCGCUGGCGGAGAGGCGGGAGCUGGUGGACAUCACCAACCUGGCUCAGGGCAGGGCGGGGGCGCAGAAAGACUGCGAGCAGCAGCCGAGUCCCCGGCCGCCCGCCGAAGGCGUGGGCACCUGGCCGAGAGCCAGAUGUGCCCAGUAGUUUAUCUGCAGGGUUUUUGGUGAUUGCAGGUGGCGGGGUUAAUAGUUUUUAAAGAGGUUGGCUGUUUUUAAAUAUUUUUCAUCUUUGGUUGUAGAGUGUCGGCUUUAUUUUCUUUGUCAAAUUUUCCGAAGCUCGUAUUUUGUCCUUUUCAUUUUCUGUCCUGUCCAUGACGAAGCAAUUUUUGAGCGAGCAGCAACAGAAUUAAAAUUGACAUUAACAUC